UCAAACGAGGGAAACUCCGCUCACUCGGGCUGCUCUGUAAUAACAUCGAACCAACCCUCUGGUUCCUCCUCUUGACGCACGGAGCCCAGCUAGUCCGCUCGUCUCGGCUCGGCUCGGCUCCUCUCAGCUCAGCUCGGCUCGGAACCGUGCAUAGCAACAUGCAGGAUGGCGAGCAUGGAGACAGCCGCCGAACACGAACGUAUCCUGAGGGAGAUAGAGAGCACAGACACCAACUGUAUCGGACCGACCCUCCGGUCGGUGUACGAUGGUCAGGAACAUGGCCUGUUCAUGGAGAAGCUGGAUGUGCGAAUCAGGAACCACGACAGAGAGAUUGAGAAGAUGUGUAACCAUCACUUCCAGGGGUUCGUGGACUCCAUCACGGAGCUGCUCAAAGUACGAGGGGAGGCGCAGAAACUGAAGAGUCAGGUGACUGAGACCAACAGGCGUCUUCAGGAUGAUGGCAAAGAGCUCAUCAGCUCUAUGGAGGAUUUGAAACAGUGUCGCGUACAACAGAGAAACAUCGCUACUACUAUAGACAAACUGACGCACUGCCUACCAGUCCUGGAGAUGUACAGCAGACUUCAGGAGCAGAUGAGGGCCAAACGGUAUUACCCAGCGCUGCGGACGUUGGAGCAGCUGGAGCAGACGUGUCUUCCCAGGGCGGGUCAGUACCGGUUCUGCUCCAUCAUGGCAGAAAACAUCCCCAAACUGAGGACACAAAUCCGGGACACAGCCAUGACACAGCUGAGAGACUUCCUGGAGAGCAUCCGGAAGCACUCCGACAAGAUAGGAGAGACCGCCAUCAAACAGGCCCAGCUACAGCGCUCAUUGGACAGCUCUGUCUCCACACAGCCGAGGGCCCUGAUUGGCCGACGUGGCAGGAAGGAGGCGGUGGCGGCCAUAGGGUUGGGGACCGACAGUGACGGACAGGGUGGCAGUCCAGUGUCAGAACAGGACUCCGGCAUUCUGGAUGUGGAGGAUGAAGACGAGGAUGAUGACGUCCCAGGAGCUCAGGACCUGGUGGAUUUCUCUCCAGUUUACCGCUGUCUGCAUAUCUACACUGUGCUGGGUUUGCGUGAUGUGUUUGAGAACUACUACAGAAAGCAGAGGAGGAAACAGGCUCGCCUCGUACUGCAGCCCCACUCUAACAUGCAUGAAACUUUGGAGGGAUACAGGCGGUACUUCAAUCAGAUUGUCGGGUUCUUUGUUGUGGAGGAUCACGUUCUUCACACCACACAGGGUUUGGUCAACAGAGCGUACGUAGAGGAGCUUUGGGAGUUGGCGCUGUCCAAAAUUGUCGCUGCCCUGAGGACACACUCAUCGUACUGUGACGACCCCGACCUGGUGCUGGAUCUGAAGAACCUAAUUGUCCUUUUUGCUGAUACACUGCAGGGUUAUGGUUUCCCAGUGUCCCAGCUGUUUGACAUGCUGUUGGAGAUGAGGGAGCAGUAUGGAGAAAUCCUGCUCAAGAGGUGGAACAUCACCUUCAGGCAGGUGUUGGACCAGGACAACUACAGUCCAAUCCCAGUCUCAACAGAGCAGGAGUAUAGACACUACACUUCCCAGUUUCCCCUGCAAGACCCCGAACUAGAAAAGCUUCCCUUCCCAAAGAAGCUUCCCUUUUCUGAGUUCGUGCCAAAAGUCUACUGCCAGCUCAAAGAGUUCAUCUAUGCCUGUCUGAAAUACUCUGAAGAUUUACAUCUCAGUUCCACAGAGAUAGACGAUAUGAUCCGCAAGUCGACAAAUCUGUUGUUGACGAGAACCCUCAGCCACUGUCUGCAGUACGCCAUUAAGAAGAAGAAUGUCGGGCUGGCAGAGUUGGUGCAGGUGAUCAUUAACACCACCCACCUGGAGCAGAGCUGCCACUUCCUAGAGGAGUUUAUAUCAAACAUCACCAAUGUUCCUCCUGACACAGUAAAUGCUACCAAGUUGUAUGGGACCUCCACCUUUAAGGACGCUCGUCAUGCGGCAGAGGCGGAGAUCUACACCAGCCUGAACGCCAAGAUUGACCAGUUCCUGCAGCUGGCUGAUUACGAUUGGCUGGCCGCGGUGCCAGUAGGCGGGACUCCAACUGCCAGCGACUACCUAAUUGACCUGAUUGCUUUUCUGAAGAGCACAUUCAGUGUCUUCACCAACCUGCCCGGAACGCCAAUAGAACACGCUACCUUACCGGGCAAAGUGGCGCAGACGGCCUGCAUGUCAGCCUGUAAACACAUCUCCACCUCCCUGAUGCAGCUCCUGCUUGACCCAGAGGUCCGACAGAUCUCCCUGGGAGCUCUACACCAGCUCAACAUCGACGUCAAGGAGUGCGAGAGUUUUGCCAGAGCCGGCCCGGUCGCAGGCUUCCAGGGUGACACGUUGCUUCUGGCCUUCAGUGACUUGAGACAAUUACUGGAACUGUUCACCCAGUGGGAUUGGUCGACCUACCUGGCUGACUACGGCAAACCCACCUGCAAAUACCUGAGAGUCAACCCACAUACUGCACUGGUCCUGCUGGAGAAGUUGUUUAAGCCGAUGAGGGAGAUGAGCAGGAAGAACAAUGUCUUCGCCCAGUUCAGGAAGACGGACAGAGACAGACAGAAACUCAUCGACACCAUCAUCAAACAGCUACGCAACCUCAUCGCACAGCACCACACCUAAAGCGAGCCCCCUGAUUGGGCAGCGGGCCAGAAGCCGCCAGUUAAUUAGCUGAUCGAAUCCAUCCAACCUGAUGAAAAGCAGACGUCACUGACCUGUUCAACCCCACAAACCACUGGUGGAUCUAUGCACCUUAACCUCACUGGACGCCACUGAACUUCCAACGACUGGUCCUUGUUGGUCAUCUUUGACACCCAAAACAACCAGUACAAACCUGCAGCGAGCUCAUUGGAUAAUAAGCUUGUGCUGUGCAAUCUGAUUGGUUAAUUUAAGCCACUGUUUCCGGAAUAAGGAGUAUCUGACUCCUGGGGCUAAAACAAGUAUUUCGACAGCUUCAGUUUCACUUCAGCUUCACUUCAUCUGCGUGAAACUUUGCAAGAAAUUGUCAGUUUGGGUGAAGACAAGGAUGUAAGAAGAUCUCUCCUAAAUCCGGUUGGUUGUUCCAAACGCCUGCUCAUGCACAAGCUGAACUUUCAAAAAAAACAAAAAAUAAAACGGAAGCUGUAGUCGAUCUUCUUGGUUCAAAUUCGUGUCGAGCUGAAAUGAGUAAACUCCCUGGCUUAUCCGAAAUAGUUGAUGCCAACUCUUCCUUCCAGCUGUAGGUAGAUAUUCAGUUUUUUUCUUAUUGUCAACAAAUCCCAUGAAAACCACCAGUGAUUCAGCACGAGUGCGACGUGUAUUUUGUGCCACCAAAGCCUGAUGUAUCCUAUAUGGUGUCGUUUAUUUUGACUCAGUCCCACACACGUCAUCCUGCAGCUGUAAGUACUCACUAGAGCACAAAAUGUGUAUUCAUCCACGGCUGAACGUAGUCCAACCAACAAAUGCACUAAUCUCUGCUGUUUGAGCAAUGUUUUCUAAACGCUACGGUGCCCAGAAGUUUUAGGAAAUUACUUUGCCUUUUCUAAAAGAGCAGCUAUAUAUUUGUGACCCAUUCUUGCUCAUUUACUUCUUCAUUAGGAACCGAUGGGCUCAUGGCUGAGUGCCACAGACAGGGCAGAAAAGUCAUCAAGUACUGAGAGACAGACUAACACAUUUCGGGUUUUAGGUCUUUUCACUGGAUUUGUUGACAAUAUCUCCUGCCUUUUACUCAAACUUGAAUUGAUCUUGAUCUUAAAAGCAGCUGGGUUCUGUUAGAUUUCUGACCUUUGGAGAACAAUCACGUAGAGCAGACAGAUGUACUAAUUAUUAUCCUUCUAACAUUGAAUUUUACCAGCUAAAACAGCAUCAAAAUCAGUAAUAGAAUAAGCAUUUCGGGCCAUGAACAUAGACAUUAAAAAUAAAUCCACAUAUUCGGUGUGCUCAACUAAAGUUUCCCCAAACCACAGUCUUCGUGUUCAUGCUUCAAGUUUGACAGAAAUUCGUCAGUUUCCAGUUGCAGUGAACACUUUGUUGCCCUACUUGUUGCUUCACUUGCUGGAUGCUGUUAUCAACAUAUCUGUAGGUCUACAAAACGGGAGCGCAGGUUAAUUUGGGCUGCGAGUUGCAGUUAGAUUCACAUGGAGACUGAGCGGGAGAAUCUGUGUGGGUUUUUUAGUGAGAACUCUCAAUGUCAGCAGAGUUUUAUUCUUUUGUACCACAAGCUUCCCAUCUCCCUCAAAAUCGAACCGAGCUGGCUGGUUCACGCAAGUCUGUCCGCAUGCCCGUGAUAUUUUUCCUCCUCUGUUGCUGACAGCCUUCAAUGUCUUCCACUGUGGCACAAUAAGAGCACGUUUUGAAUGUACAUCGGCGAGGGUCGUCUUCAAUAGCCGAGUGUCGUCAUCUCAGGUUGCGACGUUUUAACAUCGCAGCCAGACGAGCACUGAGCCCGAGAAAAAGUAGAUAAUGGUGGCAAAUACACAGAUUGUUACUCCAGUAUCCCUUAUCCCCUAACAAAGGGGGAUGUUGACGCAACAUGGCAACCCUUUUCCCUCUUAACAUACAACCUGUGAACACUUGAACGGCUGCUCAGAUCUGGCAACCUCAUUCCCACAUCGUAGCACCUGAAAGAACAGUGAGUGUUUGGGUUUUAAAAGGGAGGAUGUCGUCCAAACAUGGCAACCCAUUCCUCCCCUUUCCAUCAGAUUUGAAUUUGGGGGGGGUGCGUUUUAUACUCAUCACAGCUCGGUCUUAAAGAGGGGAAUAAUGCUCCAAUUUGGCAACCGCUCUGGAGUGUAUAGUGAUUGGUUCGCGUGGUAGACUAGAAAGAGACAAAUUUGUAUGGAAGCCAUUGUACUAAUACCAAGCACACACACUUUCAUGUCUUCCAUAAACAUAGCUCUGUGUGUGUGUAGUGUGGCCACACAAACUCGUUAAGUUGAAGCACAGGAGAUAAUUACCUUCACACUAGAUUAGUUUUGGAACUAAUAUGGGUCUUUUUUUGUUCUCUGCGUUGCUUUUUUUUCUUGAACUUGGGUGCAAUAAUAGCAUUGGAAACUGCAGCAUUUUGUGUGUGUGUGUGUGUGUGUGAGAGAGAGAGAAUCAUUGUGCUUUAUAAAGGGAUUCAAACUUGCAGCGUGUGUGUGUGUGUGUGUGUGUGUGUGUGUGUGUGUGUGUGUGUGUGUGUGUGUGUGUGUGUUAGCAGGGAAUUAAAGUCUUCCGCUUCCUCUCUGUUCCACUAACGGAGCACAUUCGAUCAAUCGCCAUGUGAACGACGACGCGCGGCGUGUUUCUGUGAGUUUGUGUCCACGUGCGCAUGCCGGCACUGUGAAAUCAAGUCUAUGCGUUUAUGCUGAUGUGUAUGUUUAUGUGUUUGGGUUUUUUCCUUUCUUUUUUUUUUUCUUUUUUCUUUUUCCCGUCAUCCAUCCUCAGCGGUGUAUCAUUUUUAGGUGUUAGUAAGGGAACGGGGGCCGUCGUUACUGAAUGUGCCUUUGCUGUGUCUUGUUUUAUUUUCCUGCCAAUGAAGCAGCAGCACUGUGGUGUUUGGACUCUGGACCCAGUUUACUGGACAUCCGCGCUGCAUGUACAUCAACACGGGGAACUGCUGACGGUCUGAGAAAGAAGAAAAACACAAAACAUCUCAACUCAAAGCCCUCUUAAUAGCUUGAGGUCUGUCUGUUUCUUUUUCUGAGACACUAAUGAUGCUAUGCGCUGCUAGUCGUCGCCUGUAGUAAACCUCAGUUUUAGAACUGAUCACAUACGACUUGAAAUAUCUCUGUUUGAGAUUUUUUUUUUUAAAUUGGUUAAAAAAUCUCUGGAUCAAAAUAUUUUUCUUGUAACUGUGAGAUCUGCAUGGUGGAGAAAUUCCCCUUCUGUUGGUGGAGGCGCUGAACUUUCUCAAACACGUCAGGAACUGCUGUGACUAAAACUGAAAACGUGGGUUGUGGGUGGACCUGGAUCGAUCUGAUAACGGAUCCGAAUUGACACACUUUCCGAUCGCUCCAGCUGUGUACAGACGUCCUUUGCUUAAACUGCAGGAUUUUGGGGCACGUCAAAUGUACUUGCCCACCGCCUAGCUCUUAUCGUUGGCCAAGGAGCAGCUCCGGUCCCUUGCUCGAGAGCACUGUGGCAGUGGUAAGCGAGGCCACAGUGUUGGACGAUCCAGGCGUUCACAGCGACACCUGCCCGCUUCUCUGACCCGUACCCGUCCAGAGUCCUCACGCUGCAGAUGCUGCUGCUGCUUUGUUUUGUAUCCUGUAAGCAGAAGUCUUUGUUGAGACAGAAAGCACUAAAUGGUGUUGUAUUAAACCACUAAUAAAUGAAACUGAAGUAAAAUAAUACUAAAGUUGCAACAAAUGCCAACAGACAAAUACGGAAUAAAAGGAAAACUGUUGAAUAUUU